CUCAAACUAUGUAAAUAACUCUCUAUAUAUCUAUAGUUCUUGUUAACUUCCUUAUUAGUCUGAAGAUGUCUUGAGUCAAGACGAAACGUCACUAUUUUAAUAAAUUUCAUAAAACCAAAUUGUUUAUGGCUAUGUUUAAAAUUAUUUGUUAGGCUCUAAUAUUUAUAUUGAGAAUCCGUUUCCCGCCUGGCACUUCAUUGGCAUCAAUAUGGAUAAAUCAAGGAAUUGAAUUACCGAAGAAGAUAUGGAUGUUAAAGUUUGGCUAUUGAACCAGAAGCUUUCGGGUCAUGCCCGCAAAACCCAAGAAAUAUGAGGUCGCCUGCCCGCGAUUAAAAAUCCUUCUGCAAAGAUCGUUACCCGAUAACGAAGUGUAAACAAAAAUAAAGCAAACGAGGAGACAUCUUGCGGUCAUUUAUCAAACACUGGCAGUUUAAGAACAUUACUUCUGCGCUUGAUCAUACAGCAAACGCGACGUGAUAUACUUUACGAAGCAAAAUGGGAAUUCAAUGCUUUGAACUGCGUCACAUGAUAGAUUCGGCCCUGGGACAUCCUGAGAAGGGUAUUGUAAACCUAAAUAUACUACAUUCACUGCUACAUGAAAUUCUAAAUGCGAUUGAUAAAAGGAGUAACGACAGUAAGAUUACGAGAAACGCAAAAGAUUCGUCAAAUAAUGAAAAUUUAUCGGAAAGAAUAAGAGACGACAGUGAGUUUAUAGACCAGACAUCCAAAGAUCACAAUCAACAAAUUUCACACGAAAAUUUAAGUGAUCUUCCUAUGUUAUCUGACAUAGAAGUUAGGCUCAAGUCAAUCGAAAAAAAGUUUGAUGCUUUAGAUAAUCUUUCCGCCGACAAAAAUAUCGUCAAUGAAGUAAGAAAUUCAGACAGUGUUGAAAAAAGUCAAUCAAACCAAGAAAAUACUCUAGUAAUGAUGUGGAAACACAUGAAAGUUGAAAGGAGAAUUGAAGCAGCUGAAGAAGCGAUUGAAGAAGUAAUGAAUGUUUUAAACAAUAUUAUUGGCGACGUGGAGCACUUAAAGACAUUUAAAAAAGACGUUGGUGGUUUAUGUCCUAGGGAAGAACCAGUUGUUGAUGAUGAAGCCAUAAAAAUGUUGAAUAAGCUUGGUCCGCUACACGAUGUAGUCCGAAAAAAGGACCUGGCUUCGUUUGUAACAUGGAACACACUGGAGCAAGCAUUGAAUAGAAAAGAAAAAGACGAAGACUAUCAUGAUGAUGAAAAUGUUAAAACACAGUCAUCUCAAAUGAAGACUAAUGUUGAGUAUGAACCAUCACUUACAUCGAUAACUCCGAAAGAAUUAACGAGUGUCGAUGGUAAAGAAUUUGACGAUACAGUCAUUACAAAAACCGAUGAAUAUGACACAUCACAGCCAUUAAAUAACAACAGUAGAGUCGAUGAAUCUUGUGUUAAUAAAGAUGUAAUUAUGACGCAAGAUAAAGAUAAGGAUUCUACAGACCAACCUUCGUCACAACUUUUAAACCAGCUUAACAGGAUUGGUGAGCUACCCAAGCAAUACAAUGAUGUUGUGGUUCAGGUAUCCAUGAUUUCUGAAAAACAAAACAAACUUGCUACUGAUGUGGAAAAAGUUGAAACGGAUGUGCUGCCCCAGAAACUUAAUAAAGCUGACCUGCAGUUACCCGACAAUCUCGUGGAACAAAUUGAUGCAAUGAGACAGGGCCUUGACGCGCUUAAUACAAAUGAAGACAUUCAAAUGUUGUCAAUGAUCAAGGAAACUUCAAGUAAGAACGAAGAAAAUAUCAAAAGUUUGAAGUCAGAACUGGCAAUGUUUUCGCAACAUUUUAAACGUCUUGAUCAACUGACUGGAAAGAUGAAGUCACCAGAGGCGAUCGUUCCCACUUAUGAUCAAGAAGUUUUGAAUAAUGUUCGGGAAAAAUUGAAUAGAGUAGAAGAAGAGCACGAAAAGAUGGCAUUGCAGAGUAAAGAAAAUAUGGAUAAAAUAGUAGAAAAUUUAGAUGAAAAACAAAAAGUUAUUGAUGACUUGAUGUUGUAUAUUGAACAUCUUCAACAAGGAAAGGCAGACAGAGAAAAUGUGGCGAUUGAAAUGGACGUCAAAGCAGAUAAACAUGCUUUAGAUGACAAAGUAAAUCAAAGCACAUUCGAGGAAACAUUUCAAAUGUUUGACAGAGGUUUGCAAGAAGCUUUGCAAAAAAUGGAAGAUUACAUGAACGAAGAAAUGACACUAAAGGACACACUCAAACAAAUAUCCCAAGAAAUGGAAGGAAAGAUUGACGCAAACUCAAUGAAGUUAAUGAAAGAUUACUUUGAAAAGCAAAUCAAGGAAGUCCAAGAGUCUAGAAAUAAGAUUGCAAGAGAGACACAUAUGGAUACAGUUGAUGCAGCCGGUAUUCGUCGUAAACUUCCGGUUCAUUAUCAUUGUAUAUCAUGUAACCGACCAGUUGAUGUACCGUUUCGUGAUUCUGAACCAUGUCUCCCAGAGAGUGAAGGUUUACCAUUACGAAAAAUGAAAAUCCCUUAUACCUCAUAUGAAAUAGAACAAUUGCGUCAGAGAUCAUUAAAAGGAACAGAUGAAGAUGUUAGAGAUGGCCAGUCUAACAGACCAUGUGGUGGAAGUCAUACUGUUAUUAAUCCCUAUAUCAGAAAAUCGACUAAAUUCCAUCAAUUUAGUCAAACUAUGGCUUUUCAUGAAGACCCGCGGUUUAUUCCAAAGAUGGUCCGUGAGGUAUCCGUGCUCGAUUUCCUCCGAGGCUCCGAUGGUCACUACUAUAAAGGACGCACAAGACAGAUACUACCAGCUAUCCCGCGCAGAUCAAAGUAUCCUAGCAACACUGACGCUCAGAACAAUAAAUACAACACCCGUGAUGCCUCGCAAGGGGAAAAAUCAAAGAAGAAUGAUACACAUAAAACUCGACGUGACUUUGGCAAUCGGUCGCCGUCACCUUCAAGAGAAGAUAAACUGUCAUCCUCUUAUCCUGAAAGGAACGAGCAAAAAACAAAUCCUACACAAGGGCAGCGAUACAGCCGCGAUGAUCUAAAUAUACCCUCAUCGUUAAACAGAGAAUCGCUGAAAAUAUUUCGACGGAAACGUGGAAAUGAUUUAAAGGAUUUAAACCGACAACAAUGUUGGGACCAACUUAGAAAUAGCAAAGGAGGCACAGAGAAAAAGCAAACGGAAUCUACAAGUCCUCAGAGCUUGAAACGAUCAACACCUGUUGGAGAAGAACAACCGUCUAUUAAAACCGCCGAGCAGUCAGCCGCAAAAUCUUAAUAAACAGAAUGGUACAAAGGGCAUAUAGAAAGUCGAGGAAGACACUAAACACUAUAUAUACGCUAAUAAUAGAUACGAUAUAUUUAUAUCUCUAAAGCCUUAUCUGUCAAAUGCAUGUAAUAUGUACUAAUUUUAAUAUUAUAAUGUAAAAUGUAUGUUUGAGUGAAACCACAGUGCAUGUAACGAUGUCGAAAUGAAAGCUGUAAUAUGA